UAUUCAUGUACACGGUUAAGAUAUUGAUUUUGCUUUGGUGCGGAGAGGAAAACUCGAACCCCCCAGUCCCCAAAAAGACAGAGGGAGAAAUAGUAGUAACGACAGUCCUUCAAAAAUUACGCAGCCCAAGGUUCUGCAAAAAAUCGAAGCUAGGUGAAUCGCAUUCAGAAGCGCAGAGCAGAGCAGAGCAGCUAGAACGUGCAGUGCAGGCUAAGCGAGUGAAAGUGCUGGAGAAAAAUUAGAACUCGAAUUAAUAUUCUCUUGCCUUUGACGUUUGUGACACAGCCUCCAACCACACACACCCCCACGUACUCACACACGCGCGCAGUCGAAGAAGCACCUCCACGGAAGCACCCCCACAGCAGUAGCACCAGCAAAGGCAGAGCCACAGCCACAGCAACCGCGACUGCGACUGCGGAGACCAGCAGCAACGCUACCCAGCCAAAGCAUAAAGUGACGAAAAGUGCACGCCGCGCAAGUCAACUAACUCAACCAACCCGUUCACAGCAACCGCGUCGUCGUUGAAGCACAGCACAGCAGAGCAGAGCGGCGCACAAAAGCUGCAGCAGAAGUAGCAGGCGGACAACCCAGGUCCGAUCCACAUUUCCAUUAGCGACAAGAGGCGGGGAGAGAGAAAAGCAUCAACAUGGCUUUCGCUGGACUAAAGAAGCAGAUCAACAAGGCGAACCAGUACAUGACGGAGAAGAUGGGUGGCGCCGAAGGCACCAAGCUGGACAUGGACUUCAUGGAUAUGGAGCGGAAGACGGACGUGACCGUGGAGCUGGUGGAGGAGCUGCAGCUCAAGACGAAGGAGUUCCUGCAGCCUAAUCCGACGGCACGGGCGAAGAUGGCCGCAGUCAAGGGCAUCUCGAAGCUGUCGGGACAGGCCAAAUCGAAUACGUAUCCACAGCCCGAGGGACUGCUGGCCGAAUGUAUGCUGACUUAUGGUAAGAAGCUCGGCGAGGACAACAGCGUGUUUGCGCAGGCGCUCGUCGAGUUUGGCGAGUCGCUGAAACAGAUGGCCGACGUCAAGUACUCGCUGGACGACAAUAUCAAGCAGAACUUUUUGGAGCCCCUGCAUCAUAUGCAGAUGAAAGACCUCAAGGAGGUUAUGCACCAUCGCAAGAAGCUGCAGGGCCGGCGCCUCGACUUCGACUGCAAGCGUCGCCGUCAGGCCAAAGAUGAUGAAAUUCGUGGUGCCGAGGAUAAGUUCGCCGAAUCAUUGCAAUUGGCACAGGUAGGCAUGUUCAAUCUGUUGGAAAACGAUACUGAACAUGUCUCACAAUUGGUGACUUUUGCUGAGGCACUAUACGAUUUUCACUCUCAGUGUGCCGAUGUGCUACGUGGCCUGCAGGAGACGCUGCAGGAGAAACGAUCCGAGGCUGAGAGCCGGCCACGCAAUGAGUUUGUCCCCAAGACGCUGCUCGAUCUGAACUUGGACGGCGGUGGCGGCGGCCUCAUUGAUGACGGCACGCCGUCCCACAUUAGCUCGAGCGCCUCGCCGUUGCCCUCGCCGAUGCGCUCGCCCGCAAAGUCGAUGGCCGUAACACCAUCGCGCCAGCAGCAGCCCUGCUGCCAAGCCCUCUACGACUUCGACCCAGAGAAUCCCGGAGAGCUGGGCUUCAAGGAGAACGACAUAAUCACGCUGCUCAAUCGCGUCGACGAUAAUUGGUAUGAGGGUGCCGUCAAUGGUCGCACCGGCUACUUCCCGCAAUCCUAUGUACAGGUGCAGGUCCCCCUGCCCAAUGGCAACUAAAGCCGACUUCCUCCCUCAACCCUAUCAAAUUGGCUGAAGUCGUAGAUCAUGGUGGAGAACAAUAACCUUAAUGUUGGUUUCGCCAUUAGAGGCGCAAAGUUUGGCAGCACACAUACAUAUAGUUGAUUAGAUGCGGGUUACUACGGUUACGAUACGAUUAUACGGAUAUGUUUACGGCUUAGCUAGCUAGCAUUCAGCACAUUCACGUGGCCAUAAACGACAUUUGCAUGCAGGCAGACCAUAUAAACCAUAUACGAUUAUCAUAUAAAAGAAACAAAAUUUCAAAUUGCGAAAAUCUUACCAGUUGGCAACACAAUAAUUACAAAAACUCAAAUGAAUUACAAGUUAAAUUAAUAUUGUACGUAUAACAAACUAAAUUUACAAGUGUUACAAGCGAAAGGCGAUUUCCUUACGUUUUCCAUUUUAUUCUUCGAUGUCAGCAAUGUUGUUCCAACUCAAUUCGAGCUCCUAAUGCUAGGAUCCACAAUAGAUGCAGGCGUAUCUGCGAUGUUCUACUCCACAAACAGGUACUCCGUAGAACAUUACGGACAGUAAGCACUCUUGUUAAUGAAUUAAUUAGUUACCCAUACUCAUAGUGAUUUCAGAGGCAGUCCCGAUGAUAUUGUUUCCAGUUUGUCUCCCUCUUUCUUCCAACUCUUAACCAAGCCCAUCGUUCGUUGUAAUUUAAACUCUCUAUCCAUGCGCUCUCUAUGCGGGGGAAUCCCUUUACAUUGUAAGCUAACGCUACCUAUCCACAUCAUAUACCCAAGCAUAUUUAUUGGAUACUACCCAAAUACCUAACUAUACCCAUAUUUGUGCGACAACAAUACUCCCCCAACACUAUUCUAUUCAAUUAUAUUCUAUUCUAAAUGGCCUACGGAAUACCAAUACCAAUACCGUUCUCGAUGUUCGUUGUAAAAUUGUAAGAAAAAUUCAAGAUUCAAGGAUAAAUCAAAACAAGUUUGUAUCCUAACUUUUGCUCCUUUUUAUGUGUGUUGUUUUUUUGUUAUUUAUAUACAUAACUAUUAUAUAUAUAAAUGAAAUCAAUAUUUAUUAAGCGUAUUAUCUACAUGUAUAUUUAUUAUUAUGUAUUUAUUAUAAAUUAUACUGAGCAGCAACGUAAUACAAUAUAAAACAAUUAACGAGAUGAUAAACUAAACUAGAAGCAAAGUAAAUGUAACAGAAUCCUCCUAAACAAUACCAACCAUGCAUACAUAUACGGAUUAUAGAUAUAUAUAUAUAUAUAUUAUAUAACUAGUUAAACGAUUUCCUGAAGGAUGUUGAUGUUGAUAAUAACUCUGUAAACGUAAACGUACACGUAAGCGAAACCAGUCAAGUCAAUCGAAGCAUAGCAACACUUACAAAAAAACCUACUAACUAAACGCGUUUAAUAACCGCAGAUAUAGAUCAAUAUAUGCAUAGAAUAUAUGUAUUUAAAUUGAAUUGAAAGAUGGAACCCAGAACAGAAUGAAUAAACAAACAAACCACAAACAAAUUUAAAAUUAUUAAAAUAGUCUCAUGUUGGCAUAUGUAUGAACAAGCUAUGCGAUCUAUACACACACGAAUGUACAUACAUAUUUAUUGUAUAUGUGAAUGCAAAGAUAUAUACAAUAAUAUAUUUACGUAUAAAGCGAAAUUGAAUUAAAGAAUCCAUGCAACUUGUGUUGAUAAUAAAUUAGUUAAAAGGCAACAUAAAUGAUCUAACAAAAAUUAUAUGGCGAGCGAACAUGAAGCACUCGCCCCGCAAAUAGGCAGGCAGUCAGGCCCGAUAAUUUCCAGGGAGGUGGGUCCGUCUGUGGUGCCCCCCUCCCAGUAUCGGAACAAAUAUGUAUUUUAUUGAUGGCAGAAGAGCAACAAUAAUAAUUGUAAUCGUGCAUUUGUGUGGGCGGAAACUUAAAUAAUAUA